UACACGCUUUUAGAACAUGUGCUUCUGGCUGCCUGGGUUAUCAGAGGAAAACUGCCCACUAUUGAGCGAUCAACAGUAAAUUGUCUGAAAAUAAUGUCGUUACGCAGGGUGUAUCAAAAGCUACUGAAAGACCACUUUAUGGUUGUGCAGUCUGCCCAAACUGGCCUUUUGAUGGGCACAGGUGAUAUAAUCGCCCAAACCAUUAUAGAAGGUAAAAGGGGAGCUACAUACGAACCUAAGCGAACGGCCAAGUUUACUCUUCUAGGGACCGUCUUUGUGGGGCCCACGUUAAGCUUGUGGUACAAAGUGCUGGCUCGAAAAAUCGGCACUGAAAUGUCCACAGCCGUCACUCUGAAAAAAGUCGCUCUAGACCAACUGGUUUUCGCACCGAGUUUCCUCAUACUAUUCCUAACUAAUCUGAAUUUAAUCAAUGGCCGUUCAUUGAGUGAAGCCAAGGAGGAUGUGUCUUCAAACUAUCUCGAUAUUAUGGUGGCGAAUUACAAACUGUGGCCUGCAGUUCAGCUGUUUAAUUUUUAUUGCGUUCCUUUAAAUUAUCAGGUUUUACUUGCGCAAAGUGUUGCUGUGGUUUGGAACACUUACCUUUCAUGGAAGACCAAUCUUAAGUAAGGCUUAAUUAAUUACGGUAGCCUAAGUGUUUAUUAAUAGAAAGCAAUACGUAUAUUAAAGCUUGUGUGUUGAAAUUAAUUAAUUAAAUAAAUAAACACAUUAUUA